AUGACAAUGGAAUCCACUUUCGGCAAGGUCUUCAUGUUCCUCACGGAUCUCGCCUGGAAAAGUCGACUCACCAUACCUAUUAUGGUCACCACUGCAUUUCUUGUCAUGGACAUUCGCCUGCAGAUCGAAAUCAACAUUCAGUCCGGCCAAUUUAACGCCAGCGAUCUGGAGGAUGAAGGUCUCGACGAUCAGUUUGGUGUGCACGAUCACGGUUCGGACGACGAGAGUGGCAGUGAUAGCUACACGGAUGAGGAGUAUAACAGCGAGUACACCAACGACGAUGGCAACAACAGUGAAACAUCCCGCUACAGCCUGGACAUUUACGAUCCGUGGGGGUCAGAAGAUGAAGUUGAUGCCAACUAUUCUCGGGAGAUGCACUUCUAAAACAUAUAAAUUGUAGUCGUAAGCGGAAGUAACUAGCUUUAUUUUAUGUAUAUAUACUCAGUAAUAACAAGGCUCUAUUUAUCUAUCUCAUGCAGUCAUAAUUAAACAAACGUAUUUAA